GGAGGCAGCGGCGCGGGAGGGGGGGGGGAGUCUCUUGCCGCUUUGCCCAGCCCUAGGAUCCACUGGAUCGGGGAGAUGCUGAGAACUCUGUCAGCAAACUGUGUUGUCUUGGGGGGGGAGGCGAUGCAAACCCGGAGGCUGCCGCUUAAGAAGCAGCCCCUCCCCAAUUUGUUGGUGAGGCAAUAAAGACAAGAAGGGAACCCGUGUCAUGGGGAGAGGGGCAGGAGGGGGCCGAGGAAGCGCUGGUUUUCGGUUGUAUGAUUUGCUCCCCCUUGUAACCCUCCGGAGAACUACCUUUCUCCCCACCGCCCGCCUUCAAAGAGAUGUGCUGGAAAAAGAGGUCGGCUGAGUUACUUUUCUUCCUUGGAAACGGUUGAGGGUCCAAAUGUGCAGACGGAUCGGAGGUUCCCGUGUUGCUUUGAGCAGAUAUAUGUUGGGGAAAGGAGGAAAGCGGAAGUUUGAUGAGCAUGAAGAUGGGCUGGAAGGCAAAGUGGUGUCUCCUACUGAUGGUCCAUCGAAGGUGUCUUACACCUUACAGCGCCAGACUAUCUUCAACAUUUCCCUUAUGAAACUUUAUAACCACAGGCCAUUAACAGAGCCAAGCUUGCAAAAGACAGUUUUAAUUAACAACAUGUUGAGGCGAAUCCAGGAGGAACUCAAACAGGAAGGCAGCUUGAGGCCUGUGUUCAUCACCCCUUCACAGCCUCCAGAUCCUCUUGGAGAAAACUUCCGGGAGGUUCAGCCUGCCUUUAGCCAUCUGGCUUCUCCGCCAGUCCACCCCACUGACUCAGCAAGCACUACUACGCCACUGGAGUCUUGCCUCACCCCUGCCUCUCUGCUUGAGGAUGACACUUUUUGCACUUCCCAGGCUGUCCUACAAGAUGGUCCUAUAAAACUACCACCUCCAACUAUCCAACCAGUAAAGGACAGUUUCUCCUCGGCCUUGGAUGAAAUUGAGGAGCUCUGUCCAACACCUACCUCCGCUGAGGCAGUAGCAGCUACAGCAACAGAAAUGACGGCUUCUGAUAACUCUAAGGAGAAUUCCAGUGAAUCCAGCAUUCAGAAGUCCGAGGGAGUCCAGGAGAACAGAAUAAAUGAACCUAAACUAAUGGACUCUUUACCUGGCAAUUUUGAGAUCACAACAUCUACAGGUUUUCUUACAGACUUGACCUUGGAUGAUAUUCUCUUUGCUGACAUUGAUACUUCUAUGUAUGAUUUUGACCCUUGCACAUCUACUACGGGGGCUGCCUCAAAAAUGGCUCCUGUCUCUGCAGAUGACCUCCUAAAAACUCUGGCUCCCUACAGCACCCAGCCAGUAACCCCCAAUCAGCCUUUCAAAAUGGAUCUAACAGAACUGGAUCAUAUAAUGGAGGUGCUUGUUGGGUCUUAAAAUAUAGCAACUUUUUACAAAAAAUGUUCCAGUAUAAACACUUGGUAGUAUUUUCACAACCUUCUCCCUUCUUACAAAUCUACGCAAACAGACAGACAGAAAGACAGACACACACACACACACACCACUUUGCAUGCAUCUUUGCUUGUCUUUUUCUAAAAAGGAUCACACUAGUUUUUGCUUCAAGCAGAGUUGGAGUGCCUUCAUCCAUGUAUGACCACUUUUAAUGUAUUUUUGAAAGUGGUUCCUCAAGGGAGACCUGAAAUCCUGAUAUGGGGGGGAUGCAUAUUGUAAACAAUAUUAAUAUGUUUGACAAAAAAAUGAAUUGUAAAAGCUAAGCACAAGGAUUAUGUUGGGGAAAAGCUGUAAAUUGCAUGUGCAUAUUGUCUAUUUUUUCUAUAAGUUUUAUUGCAAGAGGUUAAAAUAUUAUUUAGAUAAUCGCUGUAACUUUUUGGCAUUUUAGCCCUGUCUAGGUUGACAUAGCAAUUCAGCCUUUUUAGAGGUAUUAACUAUUCCUCUUUAAAUGUUGCAUUUACAUGGCUCUUAAAAGAAAAAAUACCUGCUACCCAAAUUUAUUUUAUAUUUUUGUACAGAUUCUGCAAUUUAUGAUAUUGGGGUCUUUUCUUAAAAAAAAGAAAAAAAGAAAAUCAAAAAAACAAAAAGCUGUUUAUACUCACACACACAAAAAGGAAAUAGCUAUUUUGGUAGGAUUUGCUCACCCAGUUCCUGCAUACACCUUCUGAUGUAUAAGAACUGCUUGUAGUUUUAUACAGACUUGUAGUGUUUUAUAUGUGUAUAAUGGUGCAAAGAGAAAUUUGGAUCAAAUCAUUCUAAAGUUGGCCUCCCUGAAUCCAGACACACAUGCUUGAAGGAAAAGGCCAAGGGCUCUUCCCUUUUAAAGUUUCACAAAUAUUUGCUCCCUACCGCGUACUACUGUGAUUUUAACAAAAACCUUAGAGCCAUGUCUAUUCCAACACUGAUGUCAAACAGUUGGCAGGAAAUAGCUGUGAAACUUCAUUCUGAUUAAAUUCUCUCUUCCUCCCACCCUAAAAUGAUCAAGAAUAUUUUUUUAAUCAUGAAAUGAAGCAUUUAAAAAAAUUAAAGUACUAAAACCUGACUUCAACCACAUUCUUAACAGAAAAUUAAGCAUCCUUAAUCUCAUUUGCUUGGGAAAGGCCCAUUAUGUGAGCUGGUCAUGGAGCAAAAAUUUAGGAUCCAAAUUAAUGGCCUUCUGUGUGCUUAACUCUCUGUUGGAUUGCAGCCAUUGUAUUUGCAUCUAGGCUUAGAAUGUCAUGACUUAGUAAGUUGUAAUUAUUUUUAAAUGGAACCAUAUUACAACAAUGUGUCUAGCCUUUUUUUUUUAAAAAAAAAAGUUUUUUGGCUGCAUAAACUGGCUAUGCUUACUUUGAAUGUAAGUUACAUUGAAGUCAGUGAAGCUUUCUUCCAUGGAAACGUGUUUUGGGGUCUUGGGAGAAGAAAAUGUUCCCUCCCCUCCAAUGGUGUAUCACGAAUAUACUGUACUCCUUUGAAUUAGUCUUACUUUUCGCCUUUUCUUAGAACAUACUCACUGUGUUAACAAGUGCUGGGAAAAAAGAAAGAAACUUCAGUAUUACUGCAGUGAAAUCAUCUCUUAUCAGCACUGGAUGGACUCACUCAAAUAUCCACUGCUGUCAGAACUGGAGCCUGUCACAUUGCGAACUCUUGGUGUCUUCUCUAGGGUUGGUUUCUUGAACUGACCGUGUUACCUGCUUUACACUUUAUAAGGCCUGUUUUAUUUUGAAUCGACAACUGCAGCUCUCUAUGCAUGUCUCCCUUCCUACUGCAGUCUUCUCAUUACAGCUACUGUUGCAAUUCCCACCCCCUGUUUUCAUUUGUGAUGUACAUUUAUUUUAAAGAAAAUUUGCAAUGUUAUCUAUCAUGCCUGUUGCUGAAAUUGCUAUGGCAUAUUAAUUUUAAAUGGUACUUAAUUGAGUGCAGGUUACAAACUAUAUUGUUGAUAUGCAUAUGGCUUCUUUAGGAAUAACUUUUAUAUUUAUUUAAGAAUUUUUAAAUUAUGUUUUAUGUAAUUUGGCAAUAUUCAGUCAGUUCUGCUCACUUCUUGUCAUGGAUUUAAAAAAUUGUGUCUUGUCUGCCUUGAAGAAGGCAGCUUUAUAAAACUGGCACUUUAGAACAGGCCAUCUCUAUUUAUUUAAAAUGCAUAUAAUGUAUUAUGUGGCAUGCACACUCAGUCCUCAUUCCCUUACCAACCAACUUGGCAAAUAGAGAAUUGCUUGAGCUAAAUGCAUCGAUUAAAUCCCAUUUCGGCCAUUAGUUUUUAAUACUUUGAAAAGUGUCAGUCAGUGUGAAAUAAGUGAAGUUUUGAGAGAAUACUUUUGCUUCUCACCAGUGGUGUGUAUGGCAGAGGGUGAGCCAUUCAAAACUCCUAAUGACAGGGUGUAACAACUCAUUUAGAUCCAUGUAUACAGCAGGUGGUAUAUAAACCAUAAAUAUAAAUUAGCCGGUCACACAAAACCGUGUAUUGGUGGAGUCUAGCCUUAUCAAUAACUCCACAAAAUUUACUAGCCCACGGCAGUUUCUGCUGACCCUAUCCACAUCUGAAAUGUGCAGCACCAGAGUAGUCUGAAGUUGAAAGAGCCAGCUCACUACACAGUUAUAGAAUCUUCUCUCUGGGAUUGAGCUGGAGAUGGUGCUUAUGUGCCCCAGGCUACCAGCCAAGUUACUAGUUACAGCUUCGGGUACAGAUAUUGAAAAUCACAGGCUUGGCUCAGCAAUUGUUAAACUUACUCCAAACAUCUCUCUGCUGGUGCAAUAUUAAGUUCAGGCUAAAAUCCAUACAGUUAUAAGCAUCAUUAAGAAGAACAUCAAUGUAAAAUAAGUGCUUUCUCCAUUGUUAAAAUCUGACUCUACACUAACUUAGAAACAAUUGUCCUCCUCCUUUGGACUAGCUAAGAAUUUAAACAAGUUCCAUAUGUUGGAACAUCAUUUUUAGAGCAAAGCAGUAAGUUGUUUUUCAAAAACUGGCCCUCCUACCCUGCACAGUGAAUCCAUUAUAGCUUUUGUAGCUGAAGUCUAUCUUAGAACAUAAUUUGGAGCAAAUGGGUGGCAUAUGUGACCAGGAAAAGCAACUUCUCUCUAGUAUUUUGUGUCCAAAUGACCAAGUGUUUCUUAUAAUGCAUUGUAGCCCUUGAAAAUAUGAACUGAAAUAACUUCUGCUCCUGCAUAGUCUUCUCCCCAGUGUGACUCACAUUUCUUGAAGGGCCAACUUUUAACAGGCUAUGAUUUCUCCCCCCCCACCCCCGAAGGGAUGAAUACUGGGGGGUUUUUUAUUUACACUCAUGUGCAAUGAAGUUACAAGAAGAGAGCAGAAUUUAAAAGAGCUUUUUUGAAUCUGAAGUAAUUUUUUCCAUAAGUUAUUUAUUCCUUCUUAUUUUUCCUUUUGUAAAUAUAUUUAUUUUAUUGUGAAGCUAACAACAUCUGGAUUGUAACAUGUACAGAAUGUAUGGUAGGAAUGUAUUCUCUGGUAGGAAUGUAAAUCCAUACGAGAGGGGAAUGAAAGUUAGGUUUGAAGAUUAACUGGGUUCUAUUCAGGAUACAUGUCAUUCACAAGAUUCUUCCCCCAUUUCUCUACUCCUCCCUUUCUACUAUGAGUAGAUCUGGUUGGAUAGAAUUAUGCAAAAGAAAAAAAAGGUUUAUAGACUUACUUAUAAAAAUUGAGCUGUUUUGUAUUCUUGGUUACUUUUUAAAAGGGCCAGAUCCUGUUUUCAGCAGCCAAGCAUGGCCUUGGUUUCUCUAAGGCUUUGACACACCACCUUUUACCCCUUUAAGCAAAUUAUUGCCCUUAAGCAAUUUAUUCUCGCACUGGUACUUGAGUCAGACAGGUGUGUUAGGCCAGUAUAGUCUGAGGCACCUGAAUAUGCUUGGUGAUCAAUGUAAACAUGCACACGAAGACCUGGAAGGGCCCACACAGUCCCCAAGCUUAUUGUUGAGCAGGGCACUAGCAUAGUGAGAGAGGUGGUUUCAGGCCAGCUUUCAAAGUGCACAGUUGAACUGGUCAUUAGGAUAAAACAGUCUGACCACACAAGAAACAACAAUGCACAUAUCCAAUUAUGAUCCAUUAAAAUUAGGAGUUGAUUGUGUGGGUUAUAUCUUUGCUAAAUUGCCCCUCACAUAUUUUUAAAGCAUUUUAGAAGUGCUAGGCGGUUUUUUCAUUUUUCGUUUGGCCACGGAGUUUAACUGGGAGGGGUGUGGCAGCACAAUCUAUUAACAAAGCUGAGUGAGAUUGGCCUUGACAUUGCACCUAAAAGUUGGUAGUCCUUUCCCUCUGCUUUUUGGACUAAUGUAGUACAAUCUGCUGCAAAAAGGCACGCUCAGACAUUUUUGCUGCAUUAUUUACUUUUUAAAGGCUUUAAACAUUUUAAAUGCAUGUGCAGUACUAGCCAGGCAGGUGCCGAUGAGUAGAGAACACUAUUGAAAGAAGCCUGCCAUGGAUUAGACCCAACAAAGCUGAGUUUCCUUGGGUGUGCAUGUACUUGCCCCAGCACUGCCAUGGAAACCUAGGACAAAACUAAGCAGUGCAGCUUAUAAGCAACUAGGGAUGGGGAAGAGGAAUAUCAUGAAACAGGGGUUUGGCGGCUUGCCCCCUGAAUAGAUAACGCAACUUAUAGUGACUUUGCUAGUCUUGUGAGUGCUGCAUGGCUUGCAGAGAUCACCUGGCCUGGACCUUUGUACGUGAAACUGAGGAAGGAAACCUAUGUGGGCAAAAACGGUGGAGUUUACUGAACAAAAGCUGUUUUUAGGGUACUAUCGCUAGUAAAGUAUGAGCAUUUGCCUUCAUAUUGUUUUUGCUGCUCGUCAAAGGAAUUUGCUAAUGCAAGUGCAGACAGUAGAUCUGUUAAGGCAAACAUUU